GCUGGGUGUGCGGGUGUUGACUUGACACCGACCUCGCUCGCAUGCGCGCCGUCGUCAGAUUUCAAUUCCCUACCACCACAAUGAGCAUCCUCUUCCGCACCCUCCGCCGGCCGGCCACCGCCCGCGCCUUCUCGACGCACCCCAGCAUUGUCGCGCUGCGCCAAGUGGACCCGGCGUCGCCACAGAACGCGACCGACACGUACUUUGUCCGGACCUUGUCGCCUGGCUACAGCUCGUGCAUUGCCGCUAAGGACCUCAAGGUCGACGACCGCAUUGGCUCGACCGUCGGCACGGUGUACUCGACGCCGACGCGCUUUACGAUUCAAAUGGCGCUGGACAAGCACGUCGAGAUCUUUGGCGGCAUGCAGUACGCCAACCACCACUGCAACCCGAACGCCUCGUUCCUCAUGUCCGAGUCGGACCCGACUGUGACGCUCGUCGCGAUCAAGCCGAUUGCCAAGGGCGACCACAUCACAUUUGACUACGACACGACCGAGUGGGACAUGGACGAGAAGUUUUCGUGCAACUGCGGCGACGCCGCGUGCCGGCACGAGAUCCGUGGUGCCAAGCACAUUGGGGACGCCGAGACGCUGCGUCUCUUGCCCAACUUUAGCCCAAGCGUCAUGCGCAGCCUUCUCAAGCACAAGCUCGUCCAAGGCUGAGCGAAGCAUCUAGCCUCGAAGCUUCUACGCGGGCGCCUUCGUGCUAACUUGUAUUGUGUCCAUUCUGUCACCCUUCAGCUGGAAGGCUUGGACAUCGCAGCACGUCGACCCCUCAGCUUGGGAUCCAAGCAGCAUCAACGCCACCAUGGAUCGCUUGCGAGCCCGACCGCAGUGCUCCGAGGUCGUUCAAGUCCAAGCAAAGUAGAGCUUAUGUGGAGAAUUCGAGAAGCAGCGUACCUGCCCUGUGUGGGUUCAACCUUCUGAAUGUUGCU